UCUGCUAAUAUUAUUUGGCUAAUGUUAUUUUUUUAUUUGGUAGUCAGUCCUGUUCAUAUGUCAUAACUUGUGUAUAUUUUGAAUAUAUCACAAGAACCGUCAUUCAUUGUUCUGUCCUUGUUUUCAUUUACUUGCUUGUUUGAAUCAAGUAUUGUUACAUGCCUAUCAUGUGAAAACUAACAGGUGGAAAUACAUUUUCAAGACCAUGAAGUGUGUCAUUUUUUGACAACCACUAUUAAUGUUCAAUAGAUUUCAGUUCACUGCUUUUGUAUUGCACCAAGUCAAAACAACAUGAGGUCAUGUAUCACAAUACAUGUGCCAGAUACAAUUUACACAUCAAUAACUUCCUGUUUACCAAACAGAUCAGAGUUCAAGUACAUACCUUUAUGUGCACUCUGCAAAUAUCUUCCUGGCCUGCAUACGCCCACAGGAACGUGACCUGAUGUGACUCAGUUUACGUAUAUAAAGACCAGAGAAGUUCCCCGUCAUUACUGCAUCACUCAGCUGAUACUUGAACAACAUCUUUACCUGACAGAGGAUCAACAUGAAGACUGUCCUGCUCCUCUCCGCUCUCCUCUAUGCUGCACUGGCAGUUCCAGCUGAAGACAAUCAGCAGACUUCAGCCCAGGAGUUUGAAGGAGCAGCCAAACCUCAAGCUCGUUUUAGCUUCUGUCCAGAUGGCUGGUUCAGCUAUGGUCCUCGCUGCUUCAAGUUCAUCAAUAGUCCCAGGUCCUGGUUCUCUGCUGAGGAGUACUGCAAUAGUCUGGGUGGCAAUCUGGCCUCAGUUACCAACCUCAGAGAGUACAGCUUCCUCCAACAGAUGACACAGACAGCGGGUCAGACUACUGCUUGGCUGGGAGGUUUCAGACUGCAGAACCAGUGGCUUUGGAUUGACCGUGAGGGUUUCUAUUACACCAACUGGUACAGCCAGUCCUCUUCCAGCAGCUACCCUUGCCUCUUCCUACGAUCCACCUAUGGUUGGGGUAACACUCUGUGUACUUCCAGUUAUUCUUUCAUCUGCUCUAAGAAUUCAUUUGGUUGUUAACAUUUAUGCUAAACAUCUGAGGCCUGUGGGUGGACCACAUUGUAUUUUUUUUUCUGUUUAAAAGCAUAAACUCUGUUGUAUGUGUUAAUGAAUGGGAGAUUUUUUUUAAUUUCUAAAAAUGUAUUCUUCAAAGACUUAAAUAAUGAAGUGCUAGUAAAUGUUAAACUUUGUUGGUCAGUGUAACAGUUUCUUUUUUAUUAUAAAGACAAUGUGUAAUUUCCUUUCUUGUACCUCUUGUAAGUCUCCUUAAAAUUCUUUCACAC